CAAUACUUUUGCGAGAUAUCGCAAAACCUUUGCGAGAUCUCGCAAUACUUUUGCGAGAUCUCGCAAAAUCCCUUUGCGAGAUCCCGCUAAAAUGUUCGUUUAGCGCAAUGUACUUCCGGCCGGUUCAGUUCGGCAACCUACAGUACUCUGGGGAAGCUUGUAACAGAUGAAAGAGUCAUGGAGGAGGAUUUGGAAAGGUUUCUUCGUUCGAGAGAGGUCCCACAAGAGGACAUCAUGAAAAUGCAAAGUGACAAGAUACAACCAAGAUCCAAAAAACAAAGAUCAACCUCUGACACUGUGACAGCAGAAGGUCCAAGACAAUCACAUCGCUCCCAUUCAACCCCAACAGACGAGGCAGAUACACUUUUAUGGGAUCCGGAAGAUGAUCUUUGGGGAGCAGGUGGUGAUGAGAUAGUUGUGAUAAAAUGGAAUGACGUCACACAUGAGGAUGUCACUCAGAGUGCGGAGAUGAAUGGAGUACCAAUGCAGGAUUUACAACUCCCCUUGUCCUCUGAUUUUGGCCUGCCUUCGGCACAUGUGUCCAUACAUGAGGAUACAGUGCAAACAUCACAGGAUUUGCUUUUAAAUUCGAGCAGCCAACUAUCCCCAUCAACCUCAGCUCACGGCUCAGGAAAUCCAGAGAGCACGCAACGUGCAUCAAUUCACAGGACAAAGGUUGUUGAAGAUCUUUUGGCUGUAUUUAUGGACAGUAGCAUAAUACAUUUGACUCUAAAGAUGGACUUUGUAAAUGAAAAAGCUAUUGAUGAUAAUGGAGUAUCAAGGGAGGUUUACACUGCAUUCUGGGAGCAAUUUCUUGAAACGUGUGAAGGGGAAGCAGAGCGAGUUCCAAGGCUGAGGCCAGAUUUCUGUGAGGCUGAAUGGCAAGCAGUUGGACGGAUCUGGGUGAAAGGAUUACUGGACCAUGGUGUCAUGCCAGUGAGGCUAUCAAAGGCUUUCAUUGUAGCCUGCAUUCAUGGAGUCCACUCCGUUGAUGUAGACAUCCUGAUGACAUCGUUUCUCAACUACCUCUCUCCUGUUGAGAAAUCAGCUGUGGAGAAGGCUCUCCAGGGCACAAUGGAGGAGAGUGAUGAAGAGGACUUGCUCGACCUUUUCACAAGGAUGGGUUCCCAUUUCCUACCUGCAAAGAACAACAUGGAGCCUGCCAUAGAAACAAUGGCUCAUAAAGCCAUUCUCCAAGAGCCAAAGUAUAUCGUUGAUUGCUUCUUGACACCCAUGUCACUUGUACAGUUGCAACUGCCAGACAAGGACAGUGUGUUGUCUCUGUAUGAGAAGAAGAAAGCCACAGGCAGAAGAGUGUCCCAACUGUUUGAAACAACCAACGUGGUGUUGUCUCAGAGAGAACAGACAACUUUCAACCAUCUCCAACGAUAUGUGAAAAAUGCUGACCAAGCCAAAGCUGAACAAAUCCUGCGUUUCUGCACUGGUUCUUCUGUCAUAUGUGUUGACAGAAUUGGGGUGUGCUUUAAUGCUGAAACUGGGCUCAGCAGAAGGCCUGUUGCUCAUACCUGUGGAGCUACCCUUGAAAUACCGUGUACCUACAGCUCUUUCCCUGAAUUUCGCACGGAAUUUGACAAUAUCCUGUCCAGCAACUUCUUUGAAAUGGAUAUUCUUUGA